AUGAACGGCUACAACGACGAGAAGCGUCAACUAGACGACGACGCCUUUGGUGCCAAGGGGAGCAUAGUCAGCGCUUUUGACGCUUUCCCCAAAUCAAAACCCCAAUACGUAACCCGCACCACCGCCGGCGGCAAAUGGACCGUCUUCGUGACCCUAAUCUCCUUCAUCCUCUUCUGGUCCGAAGCCAGUCGGUGGUGGCGCGGCACAGAAUCACACACCUUCGCCGUCGAAAAGGGCGUGUCGCACAGUCUCGACAUCAACCUCGACAUCGUCGUGAAAAUGAAAUGCCAAGACAUCCACAUCAACGUGCAAGACGCGGCGGGCGACCGGAUCCUGGCCGCCUCGAAGCUGCACCGCGACCCGACGGUGUGGCAGCACUGGGUCGACAACAAGGGCAUCCACAAGCUGGGAAGGGAUGCGCAGGGGAAGGUGGUUACGGGGGAGGAUUACUUGCAAGGUCAUGAUGAGGGGUUCGGGGAGGAACAUGUGCAUGAUAUUGUUGCGCUCGGGAGAAAGAGGGCCAAGUGGGCGCGGACGCCCAGGCUGUGGGGCGCGACGCCGGAUAGUUGUAGGGUUUUUGGCAGCUUGGAGCUGAAUAAGGUCCAGGGAGACUUUCAUAUUACGGCCAAGGGGCAUGGGUAUAUGGAGUUUGGACAGCAUUUGGAUCAUUCUGCAUUCAACUUCUCCCACAUAAUCUCCGAGCUCUCCUACGGCCCCUUCCUCCCUUCGCUCGUCAACCCGCUCGACCAAACCGUCAACCUAGCCACCUCCAACUUCCACAAGUUCCAAUACUUCAUCUCGGUCGUGCCCACCGUCUACUCCGUCUCGGGCGGCCGGUCCAUCGUCACGAACCAGUACGCCGUCACCGAGCAGUCACAGGAGGUCACGGAGCGCAUCAUCCCGGGCAUCUUUGUCAAGUACGACAUUGAGCCGAUUUUGCUCAACAUUGUGGAAGAAAGGGAUAGCUUUUUGCUGUUCUUGAUCAAGGUGGUCAAUGUCAUUAGCGGCGCGCUGGUGGCGGGCCAUUGGGGGUAUCGGAUUAGUGAUUGGUGUCAGGAGGUGUGGGGGAAGAGGAGGAGGAGGGCGGGAGGGCCGAGCGAGGGUAUGCUUGGUGGGAAGGGGCAGGAGCGCGACGAUUAG